AUUUUGCUCAUUUGCCCUAAAUCGAUCGAGACCUCCAGUUGCUCUAAAUCGAUCCAGACAACCAGGCAGCAGCGGCUGAGCAGAGCUCCACCAGCGACUGAGCAGAGCAUAGCUCCACCAACGACUGGGCACAGCCUCCACCUGCGACGAGUUUGAGUUUUGAGUUUGAAGUUUGAACUUUGAAGAGUGCAAAUUACAUGGAUUAUGCUUCGAUUGAUGCAUUGUCGAAGAGUUGGACUUAGACUUGGAGCUUUGAAUUUCAAUAAAGCACUAGCAGCUGCAAAUGGCAGAGAAAGGUGAAAAGGGGUUUUCACUUUCUAAUGGUGGAAAAUCUUCUCUCAAAUCUCCUGCAUCAUUCAAAGGGAAGGAUGAUAGCACAGCAAAGUCAAAGAGGGGAAGAAAAGUACAGUUUGAUGCCGAAGAAGCCAAAAUUAGCAUGUCCUCAAAAUCUGGUGGGAAAGUUGAUAAACCAGUUGCCAGAGGAGAUUGGGGCAAAGGGGGGAAAGGAGAUAAAAUUGCAAAUGGUGGUGAAGUCCCUGUGGUAAAGGCACCUCCGCCGCUGGAGCUCAAAAUUGAGCAUGAACUUCCGGAGAACGCUAAAUGCUUGAUGGACUGUGAAGCUGCAGAAAUUUUACAAGGAAUCCAAGAGCAAAUGGUCAUACUUUCUGAAGAUCCGGCAAUUAAAAUCCCCAUUUCAUUUGACAGGGGACUACAGUAUGCCAAGAGGGGUAGCCAUUAUAUAAGUCCACACCCUGUUAGACGAGUGCUUGAUGCUCUCAAAUUGCACAAUGUUUCUGAUGGCGAGGUGUCCAUGAUUGCCAAUGUAGGUCCAGAAUCUGUGGAAGAAGUUUUUGCUCUUGUCCCAUCCUUGAAGGGCAAGAAAAGCAAACUGAGAGAACCCCUUAAAGAUGCAUUGGAUCAACUUGCUAAGCUAAAACACUCAACAUGAAGCCUCAUUGUUGGGAUCCCUGAUUGAUUUCUUUGGGCUUGGUGGAUGUGAGUAUGGCACCAGUUUUGUGAAGUGACUCAGGCAGACUGCCGGAAGCAUCAUUUCUAAUGCCUAUAGUGACGUAUGAUUUUGUACUGGUGUAUAGCUUGAAAAGAAAAAAUUAGUAAUUAUCAGCUAUGGGAUUUUGUUGGAUUAUGUCAAGUAGCCUUAUGGCAGAACAAAAGCUGUAUUAUCAGUGAAUCUAAUUGAAUUGUGAUGAACAAGCUUGCUUUCCUCCCACCAAUACAAAGAACAAGAAUAUCCGAUUUAAUCGGUCCGCAAUGUGUGUAUGUGUUUUUGUGUCUCGAGUUGGAUUUAUUAUGUUGUGAGGGCCAGGUGAAAGAAAUGAUGCAUUGUGGAGCUGGA